AACUAGCAUACGGCAACCCUAGCGGACAAACUUUUCGUUCUGAAAAGUUGGAUUAUAGGGAAGAGUAAAAAUACUGAAUAAAUUUGUGUUUUAUGUUUCAUAACACCUUUUUAACUUUCACUUUGAAUUAGCAUAUUUUUUCUAUAUUGAAAUUAUUGACGCUAAAUAUGUAAAAUGUAGCAAAUUAAAGAACGACUUAACCAAUAUUCACAGCUGCCCGAUUGGAAGCGUUUGAAUGACGCAGAUAAUUUUGACAACUGUGACCGUUUUUUCAGGAAAAUUUAGGAGUGAAAAGUACUACUAGAAAAAAACGUUGAUAUCCUCUUUAUUGAGAUAUACAUACAUGUAAACAAAACAAUGAUGUUUCUUUUAUUGGACAUGGAAAGUCAACGAAGACGAUGAAUUGACAAAGACCAUUCAUCUCGGACAAAUAAGGUUGGUUGUGAUAAUAUGGCUACCUACACAGCUGGGAAUAAUUCGGUGGAUCUUGCCAUAGACCCGCUCAUCACAUGCCAACUUUGUCUGAUGGAGUGUUCCCUGCGGGAAAUGUACGAGCUGAAGGAUUGUAAAUGUCUCUAUUGUGAAAAGUGCAUGAGACAGUACCUGCAGGUGUUGAUUACCGAUGGCAGUAUUCUAACAAUUACAUGUCCUGAUGCCAAGUGUAAAAAGCAAGGGAGGAUGGAAGCUCCAGAGAUUGAGUCUCUUGUAGAUGCAAGUUUGUUUGCCAGAUAUCACAGACUAAGGCAUCAAAGAGAGAUUGAGUUGGAUCCCAAUCGUACCUUUUGUCCGGAGGUGGGCUGUGAGACUGUGUGUCAUGUUUGUAGCACGUCGUCAGGGGAACACUACAGUCCCAUUCCUGUAGACUGCCCAGAGUGUGGACUCCAGUUUUGUUCAGUGUGUAAGGCGAAGUGGCAUGAGACCAGAACAUGUGAUGACGUUAUGUUUAGUGGCAGGCAGGAGGAUGCUGGAAUUCCCUACAACAGCAGAGAAGACGCAAUGAUCAAGCGGUGCCCAGUGUGUCGUGUACCUAUAGAACGGAACGAUGGUUGUGCUCAGAUGAUGUGUAAACGCUGCAAACACGUCUUUUGCUGGUAUUGUCUGGCCUCACUAGAUCACGACUUUCUUCUCAGACAUUAUGACAAGGGACCAUGUAAAAACAAACUUGGGCAUUCCAGAGCAUCAGUUAUUUGGCACAGAACACAGGUGGUUGGGAUCUUUGCUGGCUUUGGAGUCCUGCUCUUGGUUGCCUCCCCUUUCCUGCUCCUGGCGGCACCGUGUAUUUUAUGCUGUAAAUGUAAGCUGUGUAAAUGCUGUGAAGAAGAUGACGAUGUCAUUGAUGUUGUGACAGCAUGACAAGAUGUCAUCAAAUUUGUGACACCAAAACAUUUAUGGAGACCAAAAUAUUAGAGUGAGGAGGGCAAGUUUAUGAAAAUUUAUUCCACAGUGUUUUGAAAACACCAUUUAUUGAAGGAUUAUCAUCUCGAAGAAAUAUAUUUUUAGUAUGAUUUGGAUUGAGUGGGUAAAUAAGUAUAAUGUCUUGACACCUCACUGGUUUGUAUAACAACCUGUAGAGGUACAUGUAUGGUGUUAAAUCUGUCUUGUUACAGAUUUUGAUGUUUUCCUAUAGAUUCUAUAGUUUUCUAACUCAGUUAUGAUGUCACUCACAUCUGCUUACAUAACUCUAUGAUUAUGGUGUCACACCUGUUUCCAAAUAAUAUUGGAUGUGAACACUUCAUCUGCUACUAAAAAUGUAAAUAAAUGUGUGCUGCUAGAAUUAGAAAUGUAUAAAAUUCGAAUAAUAUGUAAUGAAAAAGUCCUUGACUGAAUAUCGGGAAACAUGACUAUCCUCAGUCGUUGUGCUGAAGCAAGCUCGAUCUGCUGCUACCACGCAACAACCUCGGGCAGGCAUGUAUCCCGAUAUUAAGUCAGUAACUUGUGAAUAUAAAAUUUCACUGUCAUGAAGAUGGUAUGGUAAUUUUUCAACAAUGAUAUCUAUAUACUUUUUAUUCACUUACAGAUUCAACAGAUGUCUCAAAUAUAUGUGCAGUGUAGAUUUAAGAAACAUUUAGCUUAAUUGGUAUGUUUUUGAACUUUGGUGUAAACUUUUAUAUGUUUUAUGAAUGGAAAAUUUUAGUUUCCUGAAUUUGUCACAAACCAAAAAAUAUCACAGCUUCUUGAUGCUUCUGUUCUACAAGGAUUUAUUGUUCCUUAUGUAGACUGUAGAAUAAUGAUAAUUGUAAUGUUUAGACUAGUGAGGUAUUUAGGUGCAUCAUUGUAUAUUUCAUCAGGGUAUAUCGGUACUAGUACAUUAUCAUUAGGGAUGCUUAGUAUCAAAAUUAUUACCAAAGUUCAAACUUAUAUAAUCAUGUAGAAUUCUAUAGAAAUUUAAGGUGCUCUGCAGUAUUAAUUUCCAAGAGUCUGCCUUUACCCCCUCUACAAAGAACAUAUGAGGGAGUUUACAGGAAUUGCACUGUCCAUCUCUCCAGAUAUUUUUUUUCUUGGAGAUUGUCUCAGAACCCCCCCCCCCUAAUUUUGUAAAAAUGUCCCAGGGGUACUGUACAUGGAUUAAUUCAUUCAAUUUUGUGAAAGCUGCAUGUCUUAUUUUAUAUAUUUUUGUUCUGUACUUCUAUUAAUACAGUCAUGUGUUUGCAACAUGGAGAGGUAGGAUGCUCAUACACUGGACAGGGAUUGGACUCGUUCCUGCCCAAUCAAACAACAUUUAAGCAAUGUCAAGGUCGUUUAUACAAAAAAGUACUGGACAGUGAUAUCAGAUACCCAUGAUGCAUGGAUUUUGGCAGUUCAUACAAAUUGAUAUUGAAAUAUGUAGUCUUUUUGAAAAUAUGAACCAGUGUAAAUGUACCAUGUAUUUCUAUUAGUCCCAGUAGGACAGGUAAGUUUACGGUUCAUUAAAGAUUUGUAUUAUUUUGAGAGAGCAUCUGUGACAUCUUUAAUCGGAGGUUUUUUUUACUGUCAUGCAAUAAUCAUAUCUUAAAACAAAAACUGAUAUUUGUAUUUUUAUAUAUCACAAUUAACAUACCGGGUAUUUACAAGUUCUAGAUGUUAAGGAAGUUUUAUUCAUGAAAUGUAAGUACUCAUUACAUUGAUCAAGAAGGAAACAUUUGUGCACUGUUUGUAUACUGGUGAAAUUUCCUAAGUUUAAGUUCACUACAUGUGUUUUUGACAGGUUCUGAAAUGUAGUCUAACUAAUUUGUUAUAGUUAUUUCCCAAUAAUAUUGCACAACAGACUUUAUUAUAUAUGUGUGUGUGUGUGUGUUUGUAUGUAAUGGACAAUUUGAUCAUACUUGUGUAAUGCCGGGAUCCUGGGCGAUAUGCGUAUUACUAUUAAGGUAAGACUUGAUGCUUUUUCUAUACAUUAAACAAUAUUGCAUACAGCCAUGAAAAGUUUGUAUAGUUAAUUUAUAAGUGUUAUCAACCAUAGAUACACCAUUGAAAUAGUGCUGAGACAUUCUGUAGAUUAGAAUGAGUAUUAUUAGCACAUUGAAAUAGUGCUGAGACAUUCUGUAAAUUAGAAUAAGUAUUAUUAGCACAUUGAAAUAGUGCUGAGACAUUCUGUAGAUUAGAAUGAGUAUUAUUAGCACAUUGAAAUAGUGCUGAGACAUUCUGUAAAUUAGAAUAAGUAUUAUUAGCACAUUGAAAUAGUGCUGAGACAUUCUUUAGAUUAGAAUGAGUACUAUUAGCAACACAGGUUCCAUUGUCAGUCAGAAACUGUACAGUACCAGUAUUUUUUCAGAAUUUCAUCCUCCGACAAAUUUUGAUCUUGUAAUACUUUAUGUGUAUUUAUUUGAGUGUUUUAAAACUAUUGCAAUAAGAUCUGUUGCUCGCUAAUGACAAUGGCGAAAUCUUCAAUUAGUACCUCUGUUGUGUAAGAUGAUGGGUUUACAGAAGAAUAACGAAUUAAAGAAUAACAAGGGUAUAACAUACAUAUUUUUCUUUGGAAUUUGUCCAUUUGAUACACUGUAGUACAUUAUUAAACAAUUGUGAUAAAUAUAAAUGAGGUUACCCAUUUAGUUUGCAAAAAAUCAAACUUUUAUCGUGGAUUCUUUUUUGAUCCCAUUUUCCUAAUUAGGAUUGUAUAGGGAAUGUGUGCAGCUGUUUGUUUCAUCAUCAACUAACAAUGUGUUUCAAACAUAGGAUUUUUUGAAAAGUUGUUUAUUGUAGAAAUAUGUUGUAUUUAAAGGGACUGAUUCACGAUUUUCUCCAAAAUUUUCUAUUUCACUUUUAAUGAUCAAAAUCUACUAUCUAAUGUAUUUUUAAGAUUUCACAUAAAAAUCAAGGUUAUACAAUAUCACAGAAGCUCAUUUUAGAAAGUUAUAAUUAUUUGUUUUGUAAACAAAGAUUGGGGUAUGUUAUUGUUUACAAUUUCAAAAGAAUGGAUAUUGAUCUAAGUUUAUUUUAUCUUUCACAUUUCAAGCAUUUUGGGGGUAAAAUGUGUCAUCUAAAAGUUAAAAUUUGUGACUAUGCAAAAUUAAGAUGCUUUACAUUACAAAAUCAACAUUUCACUUGUUUGUUUGUUUACAUAAAAAGACUUGAGUCUUUGUUUACAUAACACAGAUUUAAGGCUAAAGUAUUGCUUUUAUUCUUGUAUUCAGAAGGUCAAAAUUUGGGCUGUCAACAUUAAAUGAGUUAUGUUUUUAAUGUUUAACAACAAAAAUGAAAUAUAUUUUUAUCAAAAAUCGUGAACCAGUCCCUUUAAUGGUUGUGUAAGUAUGAGAAAAAUUGACUGUUCAGUUUUUAACGAAAAGCAAACUAAGUGCUCUUUUCAUCACACACCCCCCCCCCCCCCCCCCCUCCUUCCUUACAGGUAUGCUAGUAAAGAGUGUUGUCAAUGAAUGUCGCUGACUUUUAAAAAUGGAGAAAGAAACAGAUUGUAGAGUAAUUAUUGGGGUAAUAGUUGAGUUUCUACCAGAAAACCGUUUUAAGUAUAACAGGUAAAUCUGAAGAAUCACCACAUGAGUAGAAUAGUUCAUUUUUAUUCCUACACAUCUCUUCAGGUAAACAGGAAACUUGUACAACGUAAUGUAUAAGCAUUUGACAGAAAUUGACUUUAACGGAUCUUAUACCUGUAUACAGUAUAAUGUUCAGAGGAUGUACAAGUAAAUGUUUAAAACUGCAUCUGAAUUACUCCUCUUUGAAUGAAAUUUGAAAAUGAGAAAAUGAUUCUUUAUAUCUUAUAUAUUUUUCUAAUCAUUAAAUUGUUAAUUGAAUGAAAACAAAGAUGUUUCUCAAAAGACCUUGCAAAACUGACGUGUUAAAUUUUAUGGUGCAACAGUGUGUUUAACGUCACAACUGCAGUAUAUCAGAUAGUUCCCUGCACAGAGCACUUGAAAAUUCAUAUUUGCGAUAGUCCUUGAUAGCAUAUUUGAUGUUUUAGCAGAACCUUAAAAACAGUGCUCUUGCUUCAAUGCCAAUAAUGCUAGAAUAUGAAUCCUGCUUUAAUAAGUACACAUAAAGUAUUGAAAUUUUAAAAGGAUUUCUAGAAUCAAAGAAUCCACAAAUCUAUAUCCAAUACAAGAGAGAAAAAUCAGUCAACCAUAAAAAUAAUUUAUUCCGUUGUUAACUUUCAAUCAGGAAUUAAUGGAUGUCAUGUUUGCCAGUAUGUGGAGAGCUACCUUUUGCAGUGUAUAUGUUAUCUGUGAUAAGUAUUGUGUCAUUUUUCAUUUAUACUAUUUGUUGAACAGAUCUUUUCGCAUCAUUCCGUUGUUAUUGUAGAUGUUUUAUUUUGUGUACACAAAGUUGUCAUAUAUUGCUGCAGGUGUGAGAUAGUUGUGCAAUGCUUUGUUUUAUAGAAAUUUUGCAUGUUGAUAUUGACAAUAUGGGCAUACAUGUACUAUUUUAUUUGCUAUGUUUUUUGGCUUUGCUUUUAGAGGGUUUUUUUUUUGUUUUUGUUUUUGCUGAAACCCAAUUUUUGAAUGAAUUCUUGCAUGAAGCAACUGAAACCACAUUGGCAAAAAAAAAAAUAAAAAAUCUCCACAAACCAUUUUUCAUCUACAGCCCAGUUUUCAUGCCAUGUUGUGCUGUAAACCACAUUGCUUUAGGUUUAAUGCAUUUAAUCCUUUUCUUCACAUUUUUUAAAUAAAAGAAAGAAAAUUUGUAGGUUUCAUAUAUUUAGAAAUAUUUACACUACUUCAUUUCUGCAAGAUCAGUAUUGUGAGUUUAUAUGCGAGAAAAGAUUUUCCUGAUAUUUUACCAAUGGACAAAUAUUGUGAGAACUUAAAAUUAUUUGUAAGUUUGUUAUCAAGAUAUAUCUCAUGAAAUUAACUAAAAAAUAAAUCCUUGUGAACAAAAUUCAGUUCUUGGCAUAUAAAUUGAUAAUCCAUUUGUAGUGUUAUAUUAAGGGAUAUUAUAAAUGAAUUAUAAAAGGCUCCGUUUGCCCAUCAAAAUUUACAUUCAUGCUGUUGUUUCAAAGUUUAGUGUAUUUUGUGCAAAAGUCCAAUGUAACUCGGAAAUGUUAUUCUCAUUUAAAUAAAAUUGAUGUAAAACCAGAAUGAUGACAUAGCAAACAUGUUUUGCUGCCAUUUUGAUAUAAAAUGACUAUAAUUUUCAACAGCUUUUUUUUGUUUGGAAACAUCAACAUAGGCUUAGACAAACUUAGUAUUUAUACCAUAGAUUUAUUUUUCUACUGCACUCUCAUAGAAAAAAUUUGUUUUUCCAAAAUUGUGGUUUAUAUCUGAAACAAUUGAAUUAUGUGAAACUGUAUUAGACAUGAUUUAGUCUUUUGAAAUCAAUGCUGUCUUCAUUUCCAUUCCUAAACUACAGACUAUCUAAAUUUUUGUUUAAAAACAUUCAUCAUAACCAUAAUGUGGGUUUUCAGUACAUUGUAUCGUGUCUGUGAUAUAUAACUUUUUUUUAUUUUUGAACAAGGAUAAUGUGUUAUUACUUUGCUUUGAUGAGAGUCUACAGGCUUGCUGACCAAUUCUGAUCGGUUUUCUUCUUCAGGUAUCUGAUGUUCAAGGAAGUGGGGUUUGCAAAUAAAAAAUUUAUUAGUUUGUGUUAUGAUUUGUUAUUUAGAAAAUUACUGAUGAGGUAAAUAUUGUUAUUAUUUUCAGUUCAUUGUUUUAAUAUUUUGUUCUUAUCCUUGUAUUCAAACAAAUGCACUUCAGUUAGUAUAUUUUCAUGAUCUUUUGUGAUUUAAAAUUUGUAUUUAUUGUCAUCUCAGUGCAACAAAGUUGAAGUGGAUAUUACAGUGACAGGUGCUUGUUAAUACUUGUUUAACUCUUCCUGAUGAUUGCUCGGCAUUCAUAACUAUCUUCUGCAGUGUUUAACACUCUAUUUUAGUUUUUAUAAAAAAAAAAUGAUUUUGUUUUGUGAACUGGAUAUAAUUGAUGUGUGUUUUGGAUCUUUGUUUUCCGUUCAUUAUGAUAUUGCAAACUAUGACCCAUACUGUAAAAGACCAUGUACUAUGUUGUUUCAUUCCAGUGUGGUUUUGUGCUGUUAUUGAUUUUAUCUUUACCACCUGCAAGUGCUAGUCUAAUGCAAAUGUUUAUUGUGAUAUAUGUUUUGGUAUAUGAAAAAAAAAAUGUUAAUGUGCUGUUAAUAAUAAAAAUAUUGUAAAUUUGUA